AUGAUUGAAUCUAUCGAGAUAGUUGCACCCACAACAACGGCGUCGUCCAUGACAGAAGUCACAGCCGACGAACAGCACGCGGCCAGUGUUUCAGGCAAUGCAGACAAUAAUGAAUUAGCCGGUUCUACGGGCAGGCCGGCAACUACCUUCGACGCGAUAACCGAUCAUGUCAGCUUGCGUGGAGAAUUUGAGUAUUCAAGCGGAGCGAAAUUCUGGCUCCUCAUGCUCACCCUGGCUGCUGUCCUGAUUUUAAGCAGCAUAGACAUGAACAUCGUCGCUACAGCCGUGCCUAGCAUUACUGACUAUUUCCACACUGUUGCAGAUGUCGGGUGGUAUUCCUCUGCGUUCAGGCUCUGUCAGUGCUCCUUUCAGUUUGUUUUUGGCAAGGCAUACAAGCUCUUCUCUAUCAAGGCCGUCUUUUUGCUUGCCAAUGCCAUUUCUAUAGCAGGUUCGCUGCUCUGCGGGGCAGCCAGUACGUCGACCAUGCUCGUCGUUGGUCGGGCCGUAGCUGGACUAGGAUCUGCCGGUCUUCUUUCAGGGUGCUUCGUUAUCCUCGUGCAAUCCAUGCCUUUACACAAACGACCUAUGUUCACCGGCAUGAUGGGUGCCGUCGAAGGCCUGGCUACGCUAUCCGCACCACUUCUCGGCGGAGCCAUUGUGCAGUCUGUUGGCUGGCGAUGGUGUUUUUACAUCAACGCACCUCUUGGUGCUGCUACACUGGUAUUAACAAUGUAUUGUUUCUCAGAUCCGGCGAAACCCAGCGACAUUUCCCGCAUGGGACUUAAGCAGAAGCUCAUGCAACUCGACCUGAUAAGCAACCUACUGUUCAUCCCAGCGCUGACGGCCCUAUUUCUGGCCUUUUCAUGGGCCGGUACCAAGUUUUCCUGGGGCAGUGGCCCAGUGAUAGGCCCUAUUAUUGCCUUUGCCGUCCUCAUGGCCGCCUUUAUCUACAAUCAAAAACGACGAGGAGACGCCGCCGCUCUCCCUUUCCGCAUUAUGAAACGCCGCAGCGUUAUCGCCGGAUGCAUAUUCAUCAUGUGCGGUAAUAGCACCGGCAACGUUCUCGAAUAUUAUUUACCUACUUACUAUCAAGUCGUACGUGGAUAUACUCCCGCCAAAAGCGGCUACAUGAUGCUCCCUAUCAUCAUCGCCGGCACCAUUGGCGCACUCAUCCACGGCUUCGGGACCAGCGCCACUGGCUACUACGCACCGUUCAUGCUUUUCGCCUCAAUCAUAAUGCCCGUCGCCGCGGGCCUUAUCACCACUAUCAAAAUUAACACUAGCUUUGCAGAAUUGAUCACAUACACCGCCUUCUCUGGCCUGGCCUACGGUAUCGGCUUCUCUGGACCGCAGAACGCUGUCCAAACGGUGUUACCCGUGGAGGACGUGCCGCUUGGCACAUCUAUCAUGCUCUUCGCCCAGUCUUUUGGACCAGCAGUGGCGAUCGCAAUUGCUCAGGUCCUAUUCGUAAAUCAGCUCUCGAUGAAUCUAAAUGGUCUCGUGUCGGGCUUGAAUGGAGCAAGUAUCGAAAACAGUGGCCUAACACAAAUCGUGACGAGCAUGCCACCGGCCAAGGCUCGAGAAGCCCUCGUGGCUAUCGAUAAAAGCCUGAUACAGACGUGGUAUCUGGUGGUAGGACUUGCAUGCGCAACGAUGGUUGGGAGCUUGAUGAUAGAAUGGCGGUCGGUGAAAUCGAGACGCGACUAG